UACAAUGGAAAUUUACUUGGGCGACUAUGAUAAUCCUAAAAUCAACGCCAUCGUUAUCUACAAAGGAACUUUGGACGAUGUUCCCAAGUUACCGCCCCUGCCGGGUGCCGACCUUGACGAGGACGAAGUGGAAGAUCCUGACGAUGAGGAAUCGGACCUGUCCAGUCAGAAACCCAAACGCCACAUCACGUCAGGUCCCAAGACGCCAGACCCUUAUGCAGCUGACGAGAGCAGUUUCCUAUACCCAAUUCUCAUAGCACUGGCCAUUUUUAUUCCAACAUUAUUUUGCCUAUGCAAACUUUAACGCUGAUUGUAAUAGGUUAAAAAUAAAUUUCCCUGUUUUGUUUUUCUCUUUCUUCUUUUUUUUUAAGAAAAAGAAAAGGUCAAUGUGUGUAUUUUUUUUGUUGUCUUAAUGAUUGCUUUAAACCAGGAUGUAUAAUAUUUUAUGCUUUAGAAGCUAAAGACAAAAGUUUGUUGUAAAGGUGCUUUGUCUGUAUGAGUCGGUAAUCAAACUCUCACCUUUGACCUUUGACCCCUUAGUUGCUUAAAGGAGAGGGCGUACACCUACUACCUGGUCAAGUUUGAGUGUGCACCAUACGUGUAGGUUGACUAUUUUGGCGCAAAACCAGGCUGGUCGACCAUUGGUUGACUACUGUAGUCGACCAUUUCAGACCAGGCUCAGGAAAAUGGUUUCUUCCUUGGUCUCGAUAGCCUGUUUAACAUGUGCAAAGGGCAGAAGGGAACCAGUGACGUUACAGCGAAAAUGCGGAAGAUGGAGUGUUCUUGAUGGGUAGAUUGGUUGACUAAACUGUCAAAUGAGUCGUUCAAGUGAGUCGUUCAAGUGAGUGCGUCACUGCACAUGUACAUGUAUGUUGCCGGUCAGUACUCAAACACAGGUCCACUAAUUGUUGGCUCUCGAACUUGCUCUUAGUUGAAAUUUUUGCACCAGGCCAUCCUUUAAAGGAACACGUUGCCUUGGAUCGGACGAGUUGGUCUAUAAAAAGCGUUUGUAAC